UUAGCUUGAUUCCAUUCAUUCGCAAUAUGGCCGGCUCGGGAGUAGGAUGCUUUCGUCGUCGUCGGCUAUCGCGUAUCGCGUAGAGUUUCUUCGGUGUUGAAGUAUAUAUAGGGAUCGGAAGGCUAUACCAACUAAUGGACGGGAGGAAAGUUUUAGAUAUCGAGUGCGAAGGGUUUCGGUUGCAAUUGAAGAUAGAAAAAAAAAUGGGCAAAUGUGCUAAAUUCGAUUCUACUGAAUAACUAAAUUUGCUGAAUAGUGGAUGGAAAUGCUGUUACAAAUGUUUUGUGAAUGAAUGAGAAAUAUGGGAUAACGGGUCGAAGCAAGAUGAAAGGAUUAAAUUCGGCCGAGUGAAGAUAGUGGUGAUUUUUUGCCGAAGUGUGUAGCAUUCGUGAUUCUAGGCUAGCUGGGUUUCCAGCUGAAACGAAAAGAAAGAGCAGUGGGCGAGGCAAGGAAAAUCGGUUUUUUUUUCGGGAGGAAAUUUGUAUGUUUUCUUGUUUUUGCCUAUCGGAAACCUGUGUUUCAGUUGCAAAAUUGGAAGUGUAAUGAUAAUGAUGAAUAUAGUAAGCGAACGAAUUUGUUCGUGGAAGGGAAGCAGAGCAAUAGGCACGGCAGGUGCUGUUAGCUGGCGACGAAAUCUGAUCAUAUGGGGAAUUGUCUUGUCGCUAAUGUUUACAGAGUGUUACAGCAGCCAAGCCUUGGAGUUCACAAUCGAACCAUCGGACGUGACGGUGCCAGAAGGCAGUUCUGUUAUGUUGCAGUGUGCCGGCCGGUUGGACCAGAAGGCGAUGCGAGCGGGAAAGAUUGCGCCUAACAUACGGUGGCGAGGUCCGGAUGGGCAGGACAUCGGUAUAGUGGGUGACACCUUCCGAUCACAGCUGACCAACGGGUCUCUCUACAUUAGCUCGGUGGAAACGAACCGGGGCCUGACCGGUUUCUAUCACUGUCUGCUCACGGUCGAUGGGAUCGGAACGAUCGUGAGCCGUUCGUCCAGAGUGUCCAUUUCUGAUCUUCCCGAGAUCAAUCAAGACUCUCACGAAAUUUACCUCUACGCAGGCCAAACGGCCUACUUCAAAUGCUUGUCCAGUCCGCUGUUGUUCAAUCUUGAAGCCCGGUACCGUGUCGAGUGGUACAAGGAUGAAUCACCACUGCGGAUGGAUCUGACACGAAUGCUAUUGCUUCCCUCGGGAGCUCUGGAAAUCGACGAAGUAGUCUCGGGAGACCGGGGGACCUAUCAGUGUAACAUAACGGCCGAGACGUUCUCCAGGUUGAGUAGUAAAUCGAAUCUAAACAUCAAAUCAACGGCCGGUCAACCGCAAAGCUUUGCACCACCUUCGUUCGUAAUAGUUCCUCAGCCACAAACCGUACGAGAAGGCGAUACCGUAAUAUUGGACUGUGUGGCCAACGGGAAUCCCAAGCCAACCAUCAAGUGGCUUCGGAAUGGCGAAGAAAUCGACAUGAAUGAUUUGGACUCGAGGUUUCGAAUAAUUGGCACCGGAUCGUUACAGAUUAACUCCAUCCAGGACACGGAUGCCGGAGAUUACCAAUGUAGAGCCAGUAACUCCGAAGAUUCCCUGGAUGCAUCCGCUACCGUACAGGUGCAGGUCCCACCGAAGUUUAUUCUCAGUCCUGAGGACAAAAUUGCGUACGAAAAAGAAGAAUUGGAGUUGCAGUGCUCCAUCCACGGAAAACCAACUCCUGUGAUUCAGUGGCUGAAAAAUGGGGAUCUGAUAACGCCAAACGAAUACAUGCAAAUUGUUGGAGGCCACAAUCUGAAGAUCUUCGGGCUGAUUGGAUCCGACGCGGGCAUGUUUCAAUGCAUCGGCACCAAUCCGGCCGGUAGCGUGCAGGCAGCGGCCCGUCUGGAAAUCGUCGAACCAGGGCAACUGAAAAGACAGAAGGGUAAGAAAUUUAAUCAGAACCAGUCAAAAAUGAAAUCCUACGAAAAAUCGAUUCACUCUGACCCGAAACUGUCGAAAGUUGUGCUGGACAGUUUGCUGUCGAAAACGAAGGAAAAGGCAAAUGUGAAUCAAAAUAAAUUUCAAUACGACGAAUACACGGACGACGACUAUCUCGAGCACGAGGAAGAUCACGACGACGACGAAGAAGAGGGAAAAAUUUACUCGCUACGACCCAACGAAGACCCGAACAAACUUUAUCAAUCGUUGACCGGCUCGCGGUCCACCGAAGACGGUGGUGAGAUUGGACAUUUUUCUAAUUCAAACUAUCCCAAUGCUGUCACACGGAAAUACCCGAAAUCGGAACUAGAUGGAAGCGGCAAGUUUGCAGCACCGCUACCGGGACCACCACGGGAUCUGCAGGCUCAGAUUGUGAAACCACGAUUCAUCACGCUCAGCUGGUUAGAGCCGGUCAAAAAUCCGGAUGAAGUUAUCACGUACUCAGUUUACUACAAGAUGCACACCAGUGAAAGAGAACGCAAAAUAACUACGAAAUCUCGCGACGAACAGGAAGUCAACAUUCAGUCUCUCCUACCGGGAAAAACUUAUCAGUUCCGUGUGGUGGGUAACAGUAAUCACGGAUCAGGUGAGUCAUCCCAAACGCUGGAAGUUCGGACCCACUCGGAAGAUAAUGUGGCUGGCCCACCACAGAAUAUUCGUGGCCGGGCAAUGAGUGACAAAGAAAUCCAUCUUCAGUGGGAUCCUCCACUGGUGUCGAUCGCUGAAAUAUCGAAGUACCGCGUGUACUAUGCGGAAAUCGAUAACGGCGAUGAAAUGUACUCCGAUACCACGUCGACCGAAAUAAUUAUUAGUGAACUGAGACCUUACACCGAGUAUACGCUCUAUGUGAUGCCCUGGAAUCAAGUCGGGAUGGGUGAUCCGUCGCUCGAAAUAGUAGUCAAAACUCACUCGUCCAUUCCUUCCGAGUCACCGUCGAAUGUAUCUUUGGAAGCAACAAGCUCGACGUCGAUCACAAUUCGUUGGCAACCGCCACCGGUCGAAGAACGCAACGGUCAAAUUACCGGAUACAAAAUUCGUUACCGGAAAAACAAAAAACCGUUACAAGUGGAAACCACGCCGGCGAAUGUCCGACACUGGGAAUUGAAAGGCCUGGAACGACUGUCCGCAUAUCAGGUCAAAAUUGCUGCCAUGACCGUUAAUGGUUCGGGUCCGUUCACCGAAUGGCACCACAUCGAGACGUAUGAAAACGAUCUGGACGAAUCGCAGGUCCCUGGCCAACCGGGAUGGAUCAGAACUCGACCGGGAGCGGAUAGCAUCACUGUUCUGUGGGCUCCUCCAGUCCAUCAGGAGAUAAAAGUGCGGAAUUAUAUCCUCGGAUGGGGAAAAGGCAUUCCGGACGAAGACACUACCGACGUGGAGGAACAUAUACGAACGUUCGAAGUUCGAAACCUGGAACCAAACACCGAGUAUGUGAUAUCGCUCCGUGCACGGAACAACAUGGGUGAUGGCCCGCCAAUUUAUGACACUGUGCGUACGAGAGAAGAUUCACCCAUAGAAGCACCCACCCCACUAGAAGUGCCGGUAGGGCUCCGAGCUAUUCCGAUGUCAGGAACAUCAAUCGUGGUGUAUUGGACCGAUACGACACUGAGCAAAAGCCAACACGUGACCGACAAUAGACACUACGUAGUUAAAUAUACCCCGACCGCAUCAACUCGUUUCCGAUACUACAAUACAACCGACUUGAACUGUAUGAUCGGAGAUCUUCGUCCAAGCACGCAAUAUGAGUUUGCGGUGAAAGUAGUUAAAGGACAUCGGCAAUCUGCGUGGUCUAUGUCCGUUAUCAACUCAACGCAUCAAGCAUCGCCGGUGUCGCCUCCACGGGAUUUAACCGUAUCUUAUGAUGAUCGAAACCCAUUGACUGCAAUUCUACAAUGGCAACCACCCCGACACAGUAACAGUCCAAUUACCGGAUAUGUAGUACUCUAUACCACGGAUCCAAACAAACGAGAUCGCGACUGGAAUGCGGAAGCCGUUGUUGGAGAUAAAACCAGUACGGAGAUUACGAGCUUGGAGCCCCAUACAGUAUACUAUUUCAAGGUACAAACUCGCAACACUAAGGGAUAUGGACUAUUUUCGGCAAUGGUUUCUCAAACAACGGGAGCCGACGUGGACUCCAGUGAAAAUUUAUCGAUGCACAAAUCUAUUUCACCGGAGAUGGUCUAUGUGAUAGUUGGAUUUUCGAUCCUAACGGCUGUGAUAGCAGUCGCCGUCGUGAUCUUACUUUGUCGCAAGAAACCAGAAGGAACUCCGGAGCAUGCGAAGAAAAGUUAUCAGAAGAAUAAUGCCGGUAUUAUCAAGCCGCCGGAUUUGUGGAUACAUCAUGAUCAGAUGGAACUGAAAAACCUGGAUAAAAAUAAUCACAGCACCACACCCGGUUCAGUCGAUGGAGGAGCUUCCAGUAGUGGGGCUUUAACCCUGCCGCGGUCGGUGGGAGGUCACGAGUUCGACAACGAAACUCCGAUAUCUCAUGUAACAAACUCGUUGGAUAAGCGAACCUAUGUGCCAGGUUAUACGGGAACCACAACCCCAUUAAGCUCGACCAUGGAACGACCGCAAUAUCCCCGUACACAGUACAAUAUGGCAUCACGGCCGCACAUAUCACUUGAUCAACAGACACUAUCGCAGCAGAGCUUACUACAGCAACCGCCACAGUUACCUCCGGCCAACUCGCUGGUGCAAACUCCGGAAAAUCCCUACACGUACGAAGGAAAUUACAGCAAUCCGGCAGUCACAUACGCACCCGGUAUGACGGUGGAUGCACCGAAGCGAGGGCAAGGCCAUCCCUUGAUGAGCUUCAGUGUUCCUGCCCCGCCAGCUUCGACGCCAGUUGUUACCAAUCAGGGAAAGCAUGUACAAACUCCUUCGGUCACGAUACGCCCGCAGAACUCAUCCCCCUACAAGAAGCCUUCGCUGUCCACCAGUUCGUUGACGAACCGGCUGCAGACAGGACCGGCCGUGCAGCAUUCCACCGACGAAAUCCAGCGGCUCGCUCCGUCCACUUCGACCGAGGAGCUGAACCAGGAGAUGGCGAACCUCGAAGGACUGAUGAAGGAUCUGAGUGCAAUAACGGCCAACGAAUUCGAAUGCUAAUAUUCGGAGUGAAUGCCGGAUCGCGAAUGAGCCCCAGCUGAUACGAGAGCUGACCGAGUGAGUGGGCAUGAGCAAAUGAGACAAAUGUGAGCGAAGUAUUCCGGCAUCGGGAUUUCAUCGGAAAGUGAUCGAACUAUUAGUCAUUAUUAAUUUAGUCGUUUUCGAUACACGUUUUAUAAUAACUGUACUAAUUAGGUAAGCUAAAUAUGUGUACGGGAAGCUCUCUUAUUUUCGCUUACUUUCACAAUAAGUUUUUGAGAAAUAAAUUCAAUAGCAUGAAUGUGAAAGACUAUCAAAAAUGUGUAUGCCAAGAUAGGGUAUUUUCAGCUUUCCAUGCUCAUUAAUGAAUGGAAUUAGUCUAACUUAUUUAUUUCUACAUUUCAAUUGUAAUAAAGUAUGCCGUACUGUGAGCCAGCCACGAUGAGUUUGAUUUUACGGUAAAUUUUUUCCGUACAAACGUACUAUCAAGUAAGAUUAUUAUUAUGUACUGUAAAUAGAACAAACUAGCAAAUAAGGCUUUUCGAACCAAUAAGAUUGAUGUCUCUUUGACUUUUUUUUGUAAUAUGAAGAAAACAGUUCAUUUACAGUUUUAGAAUAGUUUAUAGAUCGAAUUUCAUUCCCAGUGAUUUUUAAUUCAAAUUUAUAUAUUAGUAAAACAAUUUUUAGAGAAUUUUUAAACAGAAUUGAAGAAAUGCAUUUACUUUACAGAAAAACAAUAGAAGUCUACCAAAUCAGUUGGAAAUUAUUACGUCAAGAAAUCACAAACAGAUAAAAGCCCAGGGAACAAUCAUACUAGGAAGAAUCAUAGAAUGAAUAAUGACAAAAGUUUCUCAGUGCAUAAUUUUGAAAUUUCGUUGGUACUGGAUAUGAAUGAUCAAAAUCACAUCUACUGCCAUUUAACAUAUUUGUUUCGUUCAUAUAUCAUUGAUUGUACUCUUUGGUUGAAUUUAUUCUUGCAAGGGAAACUUGAAUACACGUCGUGUUGACAUCUGCAUUUGUAACCGUAAUUCCUUAUCGCGUAUUGUAACGUAUUUUAUCGCCCAAAUCACAACACAGUGAUUUUAUCAUAUGUAAAACAUCAUAAAUGUAAAUCAAAAUAUUUUAUGUCUCAACCGAAAAUGAUUUCCAUCAUUCGUUGAUGAAUCUAAUUGCAGGAAUAAAUGCAUGAAACUAAUGCAUAAUUUAUUAUCCAUUACAAGGUACUUCUUGUCUCUCACCGAAUUUACAAUACACUCACAAAAAACACCUCACAAACAAUACACACUCACACAAAAAUUGCCACCAUUAUCACCUGUUUGUGCAUAUGAAUCUGAGUAUUUUACGAAUAAUUCCAAAAAUUUUUAUACGUAUUAUACAAACUAUAGUCACGAUAGUUGAAGAACCGAAAGAACAGAUUUUUAACCAAAUGAAUGACAGACGAUGUAAAAACCAAACGUAACAAAAAAUAUAAAUUCAAACAAGCCUAAAUAGCGUUAUGGUAAAAGUAUAUAUAAGGAAUACGAACAACAAAAAAUCAACCUCCUUGAACUUUGUAUCGCCUAACAAAUCGAAACGUUGGUUUCUGCUAUACAAAACAAAACAAGUCGAAAUUUGUUUUUUUUCGUACCCCACUGAUUGGCUGCUAAAAUAGUUAAAACAAAUUUUAAACAUCGUAACAUUAGUCUUCGCCUUUGUACAUAUAUAAUUGCUAUGCAUAAACGGUAUCGUCAUAUUUAUUAUCGAAAUGAAGCUACCCAAAAACCGCACGAAAUUUGGCAUAACUUCCGCAAAACAGAGCGUGAGAAGUGAGAUGGUAACAAAUAAAACACAAAAAGGUCACAUCAACGGUAAAUGACUGCGUGAAAGUAAGAACGCAACAGAAAUUAUUAGUGUAUGGUACGAUGUUUUGCUACCUAUUGUAUUUGUACAUUGUAUAAGUGAAACAGGAACAAACCACACCAACGAUGGAAUCGUGGAUGGGAAAAUAAAUUUGAAAAGUACAUUAAUAA